GCAUUUACUUUUCUUUUAUUCGGUUUUUGAAAGGUUCAUUUUGUAGUUGGAGGGGAUGGACAAAAAAAUGUGCGAUUAGAGGAAAUGAGAGAGAAGCAUUCUCUCCAAGAUAGAGUCGAAAUGCUGGGUGCAGUGCCACAUUCUCGUGUGCGCUCUAUUUUGUUCUUCAAAGAAGCCUUCUGCAUAGCUAUAUUGGAGGCGGCUACUUGCAGGUUAUUAACUGUCAACACUCAUGUUGGAGGUGUCCCAGAGGCGUUCCUACCAAAUGAUAUGGUUGUACUUGCUGAACCAAAUCCAGAUGACAUGCUACGAGCAAUUGAGAAGGCAAUAUCAAUACUACCAAGUAUCAACCCCGAGGAGAUGCAUAAUCAAAUGAAGAAGCUCUACAGUUGGGAAGAUGUUGCCAAAAGAACCGAGAUUGUGUACGACCGUGCCUUGAAAUGUUCAAAUAGGAAUCUUCUAGAACGUCUAUCGCGGUACAUCAGUGUAAACCUCACCCUCUCCUUUUACUUCAAUACCAAUGAAUAUCUGAUCUUUUGUAAGUUCCUCUCGUGUGGAGCCUGGGCAGGGAAGCUAUUUUGUAUGGUUAUGAUCCUCGAUAACUUGCUUUGGCGGUUACUUCAGUACUGCAGGUAAUCUCUUAUUGCUUCACCUUCUCUAAUGCUUGUGUUUACAAAAUGUAAUAUCUCGAGAUUUAAUGGACUUUGCCUCAGCCUGAUGAAGAUAUCAAGGAGGCACCUGAUAUCUGUCUUUGCCGUCGCCAAGGCGUUUAGGUACCGAGGGUCUAAAGGAAGAAGAUAAAGUGUAUAAUGGGUG